CCCCGACUUUUUAGUUGAAAACUUACACCUGCCACCAACCCUUAAACCCCGUUCUUCUGCUUCCCACUCCCGCCUGUCUCACCGCCGGCAAGCUUUCUCCCUCCCUCGCGUGUCUCACCGGCGAAGGAGAAGCUUUAUCCCUCUCGCAUAACCAGACCCAGUCACUCUCCUCUGCCUCUCUGAAACGCGACGGCGACCUUCACGUGUGGCUCCAACAUUGACAAAGACGGGAGAGAGAGCACCACUGUAGAGUCGCCACAUUGCCGGUACCGUUCAAAGGGUUGCUACGGUGGUAUCGGGGGUGCUACUGUCGCUAAUAACUUCUGAGGGCUUUUAUUAUUUUUGAAUAAUGGUGUUGCACAAAGACAAAAGCACCAGCUGUAUGAUAGUUUGCCUGUGAGAAGAAAGAACACAUCUGUAUAAACUCUCACGUGCAAUAUGGCAAACAGCAAAUACGAGUAUGUCAAGUGUUUUGAACUGGAGGAUGAGGUGAUGUUUCCCAAUUUCAUCAUUGUUUCGAUCAAUGCUUGUAAACUUCACAAACCUUAUGAUGUAAAUGCCUUGAAUUUGAUGAACUCUUGUGCUGUUGCGGUGCUUGAAGAGUAUGCAGAUAUGGUUCUUGCAUAUGGGUUUAGUGAUGAGUAUACCUUUGUAUUCAAGAAGACCACCAAGUUCUAUGAAAGGCGCGCUAGCAAAAUUAUGUCCAUUAUUUCUUCUUUUUUCUCAUCUGUCUUUGUGAGAAAAUGGCAUGAAUUCUUCCCACAGAUGGAACUACAUUCUCCUCCUUCCUUCCAUGGGAAAGUCAUACCUUGUGCAUCUAUAGAUGCCCUUCAAGCAUAUCUUUUGUGGAGGCAAAAUAUCUGUCAUUUGAAAAAUCAAUAUGAUCAAUGCUUUUGGCGACUUGUCGGGCGCGGAAUGAAUGAGAGGGAAGCACAGGAGUUCAUGGACGGUGCUAAGAAACGUGAUUUAAAUGAUAUUUUAUUUGAUGAGUUCAAUGUCAAUUACAAUACGCUGGAUCCAAUAUUCCGACAGGGUUCCUGUGUUUUAAAGACAGUGGUAGGGGAUGUGGUGAAAUACACAGAAAAUGGUGCUCCAGUCGAAAGGAAAAGGAGAAAGAUAAUCACAGAGCAUUCCAAGAAAAUAGCAGGCACACGAUUUUGGAACGAGCAGACUAUUCUUUCGAAGGAGCUUGGUGUUUUUAUGGAGGAGAUUAACAAUGUGAAGCCAGAGUACAUUAGGUCCUUUGAAUUUGAUAGCAAGUUGAUGCCAGCUACAUGGGUUGUUGUUCGGAUAGAUGGAUGCCACUUCCACAGAUUUUCAGAGUUACAUGAAUUUGUGAAGCCAAAUGAUGAUAGAGCUCUUAACUUGAUGAAUUCAUGUGCAGUGGCUGUCUUAGAAGAAUUUAGGCAGGAUAUAGUCUUUGCUUAUGGCGUUAGCGACGAGUACAGUUUCAUUCUUAAGAAAUCCACUGAUCUUUAUCAAAGGAGAGCUAGUAAAAUCAUCUCUGCAAUUGUGUCUUUCUUCACUUCCACUUACGUGAUUAGAUGGAAAGAUUUCUUCCCUCAAAGUGAACUAAACUACCCUCCUUCUUUCGAUGCACGAGCAGUGUGUUAUCCGUCUGCUGAGAUUAUACGGGACUAUCUUUCAUGGAGGCAAGUGGAUUGCCACAUAAACAAUCAAUAUAACACUUGUUUCUGGAAGCUUGUUGCAUCUGGAAAAAGCAAAAGGGAAGCUCAACGUAGUUUAAAGGGUGCUCAACUGCAGAAGAAAAUUGAGGAAUUGGCUAUUGAUUACAAUAAAUUGCCAGUGAUGUUCCGACAAGGAUCCUCGGUUUUUUGGGAUAGAGUAGACAAUGUUUUCAUCCAUCAGGAUAAUGGAGAGUCUUCUGAAAGUUAUGGAAAGGUCAUUGUACAACAUAUUGACAUCAUUGGAUCGGCCUUUUGGGUAGAACACCCUGAUAUCCUUGAUGAAAAGCUACAUGUAUGGAAGAAAUGUUGAGUAUGAUAAUUAAAACUUCAUUACUUUAUUUGCGUGCUGCUAAUUUUAGUUUAGUUUUGGGUUAACAAUCUUGAAUUCAUAUUUGUAUUUUUUUUCUUAUUUAAGAUAAUGAAAUUGGGACCUACUACAUACUACAUUUUAUUACUGUGAGUGCAAAUGUGCAUGCAAGCUUUAGAUCCUUUUACUUUCCUCUUUUGAUGAA